AAGUCUGCUGUUUGUGUUAGAGGACACUGAUAUGUUAUUGUUCACAAGCUCAAGGAUGUCUGGUGUAGGGUACAUAGAGUCCCUUAAGCACCCAGAGAAGAACUCAUAACUGAACGGGUGAAGAGAAAAACGAGGAGCGAUUUAUCAUCCUUCUGUGGUACCAUAUGCACACCGAAAACCAUGCCUAGAUCGUUCAACUGUGGCGUCUGUCUCUUCUGGAUUUCUGCUUCUGUCCUUUUACAUGGAUCUGCAUUGUUUACUUCUAACAUUUCAACCCAGAUGCAGUUUCCAAAUGUGGCGGUUGUUCAAGACGAGGAGGACACAGGCUGGGAUUCACCAUUUGUUCAGCUGAGAGCCAGUCUACCGUCCUACUCAAAGCCUGUCCGCCCCUACACCCUGUUCACAAACGCUGAAGACUACCACUACCUCCCCAAACCCAGACAUCUCCGCCGUUCUCGUCUCCUGCGUCUUCUGGGAUCCUCUUUUGACCGGUUUUGGAUGUCCAUAGAUCAGCCUUCUGAAGCCUCAAAGCGUCAUGGUGAUGGUCAACCUAUGGGUAAUUUGUCACAGCAUGCAAAAUUACCCAACAACACCAGUGCAUGGAAGAAGUUCAACCUGAGUGCUUCUCCAGAGCUGAGAGAGGCGGCAGCAAACCAUCACCAGAUUCUGGUAAAGGAAGCUGCAGACCUGGACCUCGGUUCUCUGCCUUCACAUGUUGCCAGUUCCAUCAGAGACUGGUUAGUGCGCUCAGCCACUUGUGGAUUAAGCUACCAAUGGGUGGAUCAUGGUCCUGCUUUCUGGCCACGUUGGCUGCGGCAGACCGAUUGUGAAAGAUCAGAUGGAGCGCAAAGUUGUUCAUUUCCUGGAGGGAUGAAGUGUGUGCGAGCUAAGACAGCUCACAUUAAGAUUCUGGCUUGGCACUGCUUGGAAAUCCGAGAGGGAGGCGAUAGGUCUAUGGGGACAGGUGAAGACAUGAAAAGGUGUAUAUGGAAGCAAGUGCCUUAUCCUGUGGUCACAGCAUGUAUAUGUUCAUGUUAAUUAAUGUUUUUUCUCACGAGGGCCUAAUAGUUUCAAUCAUACCCUCAUCUUCAGCUAGGUUUCUAUAUGCAUAUGUAUUUUAUACUGUCAUUGAGUUGUUUGAUAUAAUCAAAAUUGCUGAACUGAUUUUCCAAACCUAAUCAGAGCUUGUAAUCACUUAAUAAGGCAUUGAUGUA